AUGGAUAGUGAGUACGGUACGGCUACUGCAUCGCAGCCCAUCCAGUCACUCGACAAGCCAAGCAACUUCCGGACAUUGCAGGCAAGACGGGCGUCAGCGGCCAAUCUGGCACUGGGAUCCGCGUCGCACCGGGCCCUGUUCCCAAGCACCUUCGAGAAGCUUGAAGUGGGCAGGCCGCCAGUGAUCCUGGGUCGAGGGUUGAAUCCGCAGAGGAGAUUAUGCUCAGGGAAUGAAUCCUCGGUAUCGAUAGAGGAGGGUGGAUACCGUCGGUGGGGAGGUCUGGCAAACACCAGGGCCAAUUUCCACGUCACUCCUCACUCCAGUCUUUGGGUGACGAGCGGCUAG